UUCUGAAUUGUGAAGUAGGAAACUAAUAUCAAAUUCAUGAUUAUACGUGCCUUGCGACGGUUCCUGACUCGCCCGAGCAUCAUCGUAGUUUCAUCAUAGUGAUACUAUCAAACCGAAGAUAUCAGCCACACUUCAAUGCUGGUCGGUUUACCCCACAUUACGCUAGAGAUCUCUAGCUGUGGCUUCGCAGUGAGAAGGCUGAACCGAGACGUGUUAAAAUCCGAAUCUCAACUCAAGGCCAGACAUCAAGACCGUGAGAAUAGCCAGGCAGCCACUCCUUUCAAUAUCACUUUCUACGACCUGCGGAUACUCUUCUCCAUGCUACAACAAUCUUCUAUCUGAGCAAGAAUUACAUCCUCCAAAGGGCAGCGCAAUCAUGCAUUCAACAGUCGUCCGCGCUCAGAAUGUCUUCGGCUUCUUCACCACUGUCGCAUUCGCCGUCGCGGCCUUGAUCGCGUUCACAGAUUUGAUUACUCCGCGGACGCCGAAAGCCAAUAUCUCUAUGAGCAAAGUUGAAGUUGUCCGAGGCAGACCAAAUUACUACUCCACCAAGAAAGAAGAAUACGCUGUUUUACGAUUCAACCUGAACGCCGACUUUUCAUCUCUCAUGAAUUGGAACACCAAACAAUUAUUCGUCUAUGUCUCAGCGUCAUGGCCUAAUUCGACCUCUUCAGAGCACACAAAUGAAGCCGUGAUUUGGGACACUAUUAUCACAAGUCCGAGCGCGGAUCAUUUACAGAAUAUUGGCCCAGCAGCAAUGAAGAAGCUGAAGAAGAGUGCAGAGGGAAAGACGAUUGACCCUUCGAGAGGAAAGAUCAACCUCAAGAACCAGAAAGCGAAGUACCAGAUUACCGCUCCGGGAGGCAGACUGGCAGAGAAGAACGACGUAGUCCUGAAAGUUCACUACAAUAUCCAACCGUGGGUCGGAGUCUUGACUUGGACACCGCAGAUUGAGUUUGGGAAGUGGAAGAUGAUGAAGGGUGGUGUGAGCAAGUUGUUUAAUUUCCCGGCAUUGAAGGUUAAGAAGGCUGCGGAUACCACGUCUCGUUAAGAUGUG